UUGUUCCGCUCAACUAACAAUUUAACUAACAAGAUUUUAAACAGUUUUGCUCUGCUUAAUAUAACUGAAGUCAAAGUGCCUGCCGGUAUAAGGAAAUUAUCAUAUUUGAAAUCAAAAACCAUUUCACUAACUUGCCAUUUUACGCAACCAUUUAGCAAAGUGAUGAAUCAAUUAAUACCAACAAUAACAGUAGUUGAUAAAAAACAAGCAAUUUGUCGCUCGAAGAAAAAUAGCUAAUAAACGCAACUAUUCAUCUAAAAUUAUAAUCGAAGUGGCGGUUUUUUGAUCAAAGAUACUGUUUAAUUUGUGUUCAGUUUCAUCCAAUCCUUGUUUUAUUUUUUACAGAUCUGAAGAUUUUGCAUCAAAACCUGGCACAGAAAGCUAAUCGUCUCUUAAAACCUGACAGUUCUUUCGUUACAGUUUUUGAAAUUUGAUCCAUAUAGCUUUCAUUUUAUUAAAUUAACAGAAAUCAAGAAUAAACUAUCGGAUUACCUAUUGUCUCUGGGCCCUUGAACUCUUUUGACACCAUCGACCUUGCAGAGCGCCAUCUACUGGCACUAUUCAAAAAGAGAAAUCAAUCUGAUUAAAAAACUUUGAUCACGUGAGUUGACAGCCAAAUCUCGUGAUUUAAAAGUGUGGUUAAUGAGUCCAAUUGGUGUGAGAACCUGUGAUCACGUGACUGUUAUAACAGCGUCGUCAAGUGUGUUGAAGACGUGAUCACGUGAUGCCGCAGUACAACCAGAUCUCGGACGCGGACAGAGUCCACCUGAAGAUCCUGAGAGGCGACACAACAACCUCUACUAAAGAGAGGCAGUACCUCAUGGCAGUUGAGAAGGGGGACUACACUUCGGUCAAGUUCUUCUUGGAAGACGCCGCCAUCUACUUCAACAUGGACAUCAACUGUAUAGACGCAUUGGGCAGGACUGCCAUUCAUAUCGCGAUUGAGAAUGAGAACAUGGACUUGAUUGACCUCUUGUUGGCACACAAAGUGGACAUCGGGGACGCUCUUCUGUUUGCCAUAGAGGAAGAGGUGACUUUAGCGGUUGAGAAGCUGUUGAAUUACAGACAGCCCAAGAUCAGGAAGAGGGAGGCGGCGGGCAUGAUGGCACUGCAGCCGGGACAGAGGACGAGAGAGAGCAACUACACGAGUGACAUCACGCCUGUCAUUCUGGGGGCACACACAAACAACUACGAGAUACUCAAACUGCUCUUGCAACGCGGAGCGACGAUUGCGAAGCCGCAUCCGAUCAAGUGUGGCUGUUACGAGUGCGCGGAGAGUGCCAAAUUCGACAGUCUGCGACACUCCCAGUCACGCAUCAACGCAUUCAAGGCACUGGCCAGUCCGAGUCUGAUCAUCCUCUCGAGUGAUGACCCUAUCUGGACUGCAUUCACUCUCAGCUACGAGUUGCGGAAACUCAGCUUCACAGAGGUCGAGUUCAAGGACGAUUACGUCAUCCUCAGCAAACAGUGCACUAAGUUGGCGGUGGACUUGCUCGACCAGAUUCGGGGAUCUCAGGAGUUGAAGUUGGUGUUGAAUCGCACUACCGACCCUGAGGAGGUGCUGACCAUGCUUGAGGCCGAGUCCACCACUUCCGAAUUCGGAGGCAGCGAAGCAGAUGUCGACGAGAAAAAGGAGCGCAUGAGUUUGAGCAGGUUGCGGAUGGCGAUAGAUCUGGAACAGAAGGAGUUCGUAGCGCAUCCCAGUUGUCAACAGCUCCUCAGUCAUCUAUUCUACAAAGGUAUACCUGGCUGGCGUCAAGGCGGAUUAUUCUACAAAGUGUGUAUUGUGUUUGGACUGGCUCUGGCCUUCCCCUUCACUUCUCUCUCUUACAUUGCUCUGGGUCCAUUUGUGCCAGAACUGAGAACUAUACUCAAGAAUCCGUUCAUCAAGUAUGUCAACCACUGCGCAUCCUACUUUGCAUUCAUCGUCCUGCUGUUCCUGACGUCGGCAGAGGAUCCCAGUGUGAGUGGGAAGAACUACGACAGGGAGAGGAAUCCCUACAUUGUGGAGAUGUUCAUCGUUUGCUAUGUCUUCUCCUUCUUGGUGGCAGAGACACAAGAGAUAAUGGAAAGUGGCUUCAAGAAGUACACGAAGAAUCUGUGGAACAUCGUGGACUUCUUCCAGGUGGCCGCCUACCUGUCCGCUAUAUCUCUGCGAUGUGUGGUGUGGUUCAUGCCCUCUGUCGAACCCCAAGUCACCAACAGAGGUCAAAUGAGUUCAUCCGAUCCCAUGCUGGUUUCCGAGAGUUGCUUUGCGGUGGCGAAUGUGGUCAGCAUCCUGAAACUCCUCGCUCUCUUCAUCUCCAACUCGGAGUUGGGACCCCUCCAGAUAACCCUGGGAAGGAUGAUGAUCGACGUGCUCAAGUUCAUGUUCAUAUUCUUCCUAAUUCUGCUCUCGUUUGCGAGUGGGUUGAACCAAUUGCUCUACUUGGAGUACAACGCCGAAGGAGCCCGUCUGCGAACUUUGAACUGUGAGGGUGUGGUGUGUAAGAUUCAGAACAGCCAGUUCAUGAACAUGAUGUUCUCCAUGAUAACCCUCUUCUGGUCCAACAUGGGCAUCGUGGACCUGUCUGCCCCCACUGUCAACCAAGACCACGCUUUCACCAGAAUGGUCGCCAUAUCUAUCUUCGUGGUGUACCAUAUUGCUUCGAUUGUGGUGUUGUUGAACAUGCUGAUUGCGAUGAUGAACUUGAGCUACGACACAAUUGUGCGUAAUGCAGACACGGAAUGGAAGUUCGCAAGGGCUAAGUUGUGGAUCAGCUACUUUCAGCGCAGUGGGACCCUUCCGGCGCCCUUCUUCCUGUUGCCGACUGUGAAACACCUGAUGAUGUUGGUGGGGUGGAUCCGAAAACAGGCCAUCAAGGAACUGCAGGAGCUGGAGUCCCGCGAGACCACCAUGAAACUGAACAGGGUGAUGCGAGAUAACGAGCGAAAGUACCAGGCUGUGAUUACUAACUUGGCCCAAUUGUACAUUGCGAAUAAGAAGAAGACGCAAGAUAUUGCCCCCAUCACAGACGAUGACCUCAACGAGAUCAAACAGGACAUUUCCGCUUUCAGAUAUGAAGUGGUGGAGUUAAUUAACCUGAAGAGGAUGCAGGAGGCAGAGGUCAACCCACAGGGGUCACUGAGGUCAGUCUACAAGACAGCGGGGGGUCAGGGGGCAGGAGGGGGCAAUGCGAAACACCUCCGCAACGCCAUCAGUCGCAUGCCACUACUCAAGAGAGCCAGUUCUGGUCUGGCUGCGGCGGUUGCCCACCUGAACAAUGACAGCACCCCCAAACCGGACUGCUAUCUGCCGGCCAUCUACUACGACUGGCCUAAAAACGACCCCACCUGCAUGCUAGUUCAGGACAAACAGGAUCCUUUGAAGUUUAAAAGGACCUUCUUUGAUCCCCCGUCGAAGCCAAAUGCCGCUGCUCCCAAUGCGAACAAGGACAAAGUAGUCACUGCCGAGGUGUUGCGAGUGCCGUCGGCAGGACGUCGAGUGGUUGGGGGCGAGUUGCCGUGAAGCCAAGCGAAGCACAAACGAAUCUAUUUUUUUUCUGCAUAUCAGCGGCUUUUUGUAGCAGCAUCAUUCAGACUUUGUUGUUCAAUUUACCUGAUUAGAUUAAUGUGCCCGAUUACUCAGUAAUCAGUUUUCAGUUUUUAAAUUCCAAAUAAAAACUCUUGUGCGCGUGAAAGGGGGGUGUGGUUUUCGUGGAAGCUGGGCGCAAUUUAAGUUCCAUAAAAAAAUUUUGUGCGCUUGAACGGUAGGUUGAUAAUUGUUUUUUUUUGGUUUUAGUUCUUAGGAGGCAUUUUGGAGGAUGAAAUUUAACUUUAUUAAAAUCUUAUU